UAACAGCUGCUGCUGCUGCUGCUGCCUGCUAUCGAUCGUCGCCCAUAGACAAUAUAAUAUAUAUAUAUAUAUAAAUAAUAUUUUAUAUAUUUCUAUAUACAAUAGUAAUAAUAUAUUGUGACCUUUUAUGACGUAACUGUUGUGUGUGUGUGUAUACUAUAGUUUAUAUUGUGAGUUGUGACUUGUGACGCGGUACGCCAUUGUCGUUUGUCGUAUUUUGUCCGUUCGUUGUUGACGCCUGAUCGAAAUUGUCGGAAGUACUUUAUUUUCCUACCGAACGGUUUUAGAAAUCUUGAUAUUUUCCUGAGAACCAAUCGUCCAACCACCGAUCAUGUCGGUUUUCGAAUUUUUCGGCAAGUACAUCUUGUACUUGUUCAAUUUGUUGUCUUUGAUUUCAUCCAUAUGCAUCAUAGCCAUCGCCUUGGUGAUUACUCAAAAGUUCUACACCUGGUCCAGCUUCAUCAAACCCGACUUGAUCACUGCCCCUCAAGUAUUGUUGGUCAUCGGCCUGGUCGUAUUCGUUAUCGCCAUCGUCGGUCUGUGCGGAGUCAUCCGGGACAGCUCCUGCCUUUUGGCUUUUUUUUCCAUUCUGCUCCUAAUCGCUUUGAUCGGCGAGUUGAUUUUGUCCGGAGCUAUAUUCGUAAUGCGAGGUGAUGUCGAACAGUACGCCAUGAACGUGAUGAACCAGACCAUUCCCAAGUACAACCAAACCAACCAAGAAGUGGCCACCCAAGCUUGGGAUAUCUUGCAAUCCGAUGGGCAAUGUUGUGGCAUUAACAAACCUGACGAUUGGAGAGUAGUCACACACAGCGAUGAACUACCAUCGUCAUGCUGUCAUGAGUUCCCGGCUGGAAAAAGUUGCACCACAGCUUACGCUUAUCCUAAUGGCUGUCUAAAAUUACUGAAGGAUAUGGUUCAAGACAACAGCCAUUAUUUAAUUUAUACCGGAGUUGGAUUCGCUGCGGUUCAGCUGUUGGCCGUAUUGUUAGCGUGCUACCACCGACAUACUUUGUUCAAGGAGUAUGAAACCGUCUAAGCAAUAUUAUCGUAACCUACUAUUUAUCGAGACCACACACUGAAUAAUUAUUUUAAAGGCUUCAUGAUAUUUACUAUACCUGAUUUAAAUCCACUAGAAUGUUAGUUGUUAUUUAAUUGUUGGUCUCGUACAUUUAAUGCAGUUUUCA